CCGGAGCAUAAGAUAAAAAAAAUAUUCCAUUAAAAUUUUAUAAAUAUUUAAUAUUAUAUGGUACUAAAAGUGUCGUAGAGAGAGAAAUCACGUCGAAUACAGAAUUGAAUAUUAUUCAACAUUGAUUAAAAUAAUAAUGGUUAUGGAAGAUCAAGAAAUUGGGUUAGCGUCAGAAUGUAUUCCUGUACCAAGAGUCCAUGAUUCAUUAGUUGUUCAAGUAAAACAGCAACAACAACAACAACUAUUAAAUAAUACUGUAAAAAGAACAAGUAAUACUAUAAAAAUGUCCGAAGAAGAAAAAAAACAAGCAGUUAAUAAAACAGGACAAAGAAAACCGCGAACCAGAAAAAAAGCUUUACAUGCUGCUAUUCUUAAACAAAUGGAAUUUUAUUUUAGUGAUGCUAAUUUAAGUAAAGAUCGUUUUUUAUCAAACUUAAUUCAAAAUGAUCCUUAUGUUGAUUUAUCAACAUUUAUUAAUUUCAAUAAAAUAAGAGCACUAACUACUGAAACAAAUCGUAUUGCUAAAGCUUUAGAGUCUUCAAAAAUAUUAUCUUUAUCAGAUGACUCAACUAAAGUUUGUCGUAAAACACCUAUUAAUCCACGAAGUAAUAGUGAUGAUUGUACUAUUUAUGUUCAAGGAUUACCACCAGAUGCAGAUCAUGAUUGGCUUAUCACUAUUUUUUCUCAAUAUGGUUCAGUAGCCUAUGUAUCUAUACCACGUUAUAAACGUAAUAAAAAAUUAAAAGGAUUUGCAUUUGUUGAGUUUGAUAAUGUUGAAGAAACUGAAAAAUGCUUGAAAGCUUUUCAAGAUAAACAUUGUAUAUUACCAUCUCAUACAACACCUGAUGAAAUAUUAAGUAUUACAACUUAUAUUCAAGAAGACGAUUUUGAGGAUUCAUCAUCGUUACUUAUCAAUAAAGUUACUAAUAAAACUCUAAAUGAUGGUGAGCUUGAAUCAUUUAAAUCAAAUAAAAAUAUUAUUGAUGACUCCAAUAACCAAUUUUUAUCAUCGCCAACAGUCGUCACAUUGUCAACAAAAACAACAACUCAAGACGAUAAUAAUGAUAAUUAUAAUGAUGAUGAUGAUGAUGACGAUUACGAUGAUGAUAAUGUUAUAAGUCCAAAAAAAAUAAAAAUUGAUAAAUCAAUCAACAAGAUUACUGAAAAAAAUAAAAAUCAAAACGAAAAAUCAAAUAUCAAUAAUGAUAGUUGCAAUGUAGAUGAUGUUAAAGAUAUUAAAUUUUCUGACAGUCUGAUUGAUAAUAAAGAAAGUAAAGAUAUUGAUGAAAAAAAGAAAAAAAAAAGAAAAAGAAAAAAUAGAGGUAAUAAAAAUGAGCAUUAUCAGCAGGAACAGGAACAAAAGCAACAGCAGCAGCAGCAACAACAACAACAGCAACAACAACAACAACAACAGGAACAGGAACAGGAACAGCAGCAACAAUUAGAUAUUAUCGAUUUUGGGCUCCGUAUAAUGGCAAAAAAAGAAUGGAAAAAAUUAAGAAAUAAAUACCUCCAAUCACAGAGAGAUAAAAUGAAACAGCUAAAGCAACACCUCUUAAAAAAAAGAAAUCAAUGGAACGAAAAACAAUCGCCUGUUAAUAAUCAAAUGGAUACUACUACUACUGCUGCUGCUGCUGCUGCUACUACAGUAAUUUGUGAUGAACAAGAUUCAAAAAAUAAAAAUUCAUCUCCUAAAUUUAAUUUUGCUGAAAGUUUAAUUAUUAAAAUGGAAUUAGAUGAACCAUGUUCAAAUCCUAAAAAUUUGAAAAAUCAAAUUAAAUCUGCUGUUAACUCUGAUUUAACAACUCCAACUGAUAUUCAAUAUAUUGAUGUAAGAGAAGGUGACAACUAUGUUUAUAUUCGAUGUGAUACUCCAAAAAACGCUGAAAAAUUAUUAAAAAAAUUAUGCGAGGAUAAAACUUCGAUUAUAUUAACGGGUAUUGAAGAAAAAGAUUAUUGGGAUAAAAUGUUUAAAGACCGUGAACAGAAAUUUGUAAUAAGUAAAAAAAAUCGCAUCAAACAACGAGGAAGAGAUAAAUUACUUAAAAAAGCUGAGAAAGAAUUAGGAAAGCAUAUAAGAUUUGAUGAUUAAAUAUUUCAAAUAAAAUGGUAUAAAUUUUU